GAGGAGACCUGCCCUGUUUCUCGACAUGAAGCUCCCUGGCACCGUCGUCUGCCUGCUUGUGCUUCUCCGUUCUCCUUCAGCGGUCAGGGCCAGCGUGGGAGAAACGUUUGGGGAGUGCAAGGUGUUCCUGUACAAGGGGACCGCACCGAUCGGACUCGAGGACCACUCGCUAAAAAAGAUCUGCCAGCGUUACGACAGCAAACCUCGCUACGCCACCCUAUACGACACGGUGGAUCACAUCCCUGUGUACUCCGCGUACACCUUCAAAAGAUCCGACGGGGAGAAGAGAGUCGACGUGCCCUGGAUGUACGAGCCCCAGCUGGCCUCCUCCGCGGGGAAAGAUGAAAUGCAGCCCUUCCCCCGUGGAAAUGUGCACCAGAACUUCGAAGACACCCAGGCAGUCCUGGAGGACUAUGGCUACGCGGUCUCCUAUGAAAGAGGUCACCUGAACCCAGACCAACAUCAGGCUGAACCUGCUGACAAGGCUGCCACCUACUCCCUCACUAACGUUGUACCACAAUUCAGAGAGUUCAAUAUUGGGCAGUGGGCUCAGCAUGAGGACACCAUCAGAAAGAGGCUCAAUAACUACUGCAGAGGCACGGCCUACAUUAUAACGGGUGUGACCACAUCAGGAAACAUGAUACGUAGGAAUAAUGUCGAUAGGGUUGCCAUUCCAACCUAUAUGUGGUCUGCCUACUGCUGCAUUAUGUAUGACAGAAAUGCCCCCUACAGUGAGAGAUAUAAGUUCCCUGCUUUUGCAGCGUAUGGCCUGAAUGACAAAGAGAAUAAUAACGUAGUUGAGCUGUCGGUCAAAAAACUAGAGAAUUUCCUGAAAAGCAUAACCUUUGUUGACAAAAACUUCCAGAUUUUCUAUCGAGAUUGCAUCCCUUAAAGACUUUGGCGAUGCACUUGAGUUUCUCAGUCCCUUUUGUCUUGACCAUGGCAGAUGACACGAGCUGUUUUUACUGGUAUGACACCCUGGUAUCUAGGCACCCUCUGCCUCCUAAAUUCCUCAACGCCCAUUCAAAACGAAAGAGAAAUAUUUAGUUGGGAUAUAGAAAAUGUAUUAUCCUAACAGUAGAAAUAUUCAGAUUUAUCUCACUUUUGAUCAUUAUCAAGUUACUAUAAAUCACUGUUGAUUAAUACUGAGCUAAAUUAAAGGAGAAUACUUUUGUUUGUGUCUGUUUUUGAAGUGCCCAGAGAGAUUUGAGAAUAAAUUUGAAAUAUUUAUAGAAAUAUUGAAAAACAGUGUAAAACAUCUAAAACUUUACAAAUUCAAACGUUUUUAUUUCAUGGGGAUACGCGAGUAUGUAUUUUGAGUGUUGAGAGUACAGUAAUAUCUUCCAUAAUAUAUUUCUACACUGUUUUGAUGUCUCUGGUUUCUACUCAGUAAUACACUUGUUUCAAAUCCAUUUUUCCACAAAAUGUAACCCGAGAAGAUCCUUGAUUGCAUUUGUCAAAAUACGUUUAUUUUUAACAAUUUUUGUUGUGUAAUCUAAGACUUUAAUAAAAGUGCCGUUUAC